CCCCCGCAGAAAUAUCGCACUUGGGUGCCUCCACUUUGGUUAGAGUCAACGCAGCGCGUCAAAAUUGUAGAUUUCGCAACCGCGUAUCCCACGUUUUCUGUUUUACGUCUGUGAUCUAGUCACGCUUCAUUCGAAUAGUAGCGUAACUAGUCGCGGUUUGAAUUAUACUGUUUAUGGUCGGCGAUUACGCGACAAAAUGAAGGGGGGCGUGAUUUUUUUAACUUUAUUUACGCUCGUCUUCGCUAAUAAUUAUUCAAGCAAAUACGACAACGUAGACGUCGACAGAAUCCUAAGCAAUGAUCGUAUUCUCACCAAUUAUAUACGCUGCUUGAUGGAAGAAGGACCCUGCACUGCGGAAGGUCGGGAAUUGAAAAAGACGUUACCCGAUGCCCUUUCAUCGGAAUGUAGCAAGUGCAAUGAAAAACAAAAAUCAACUGCGGAAAAAGUGAUAGAACAUCUUAGAGUGAAACGGCCGAGAGACUGGGACAAGCUUACUGCAAAAUACGAUCCUCGAGGAGAGUACAAGAAACGCUACGAAGCAUCUAUUGCGGCAAAGAAAGCUUAG